AUGGCUUCUCCGACUGCUCCCGCCUCUCUGUGGAGCCGGAAACGCGACCUGAUCUACUUCUCCUUCUUCGCUAUCCACGUCCCCAUCAUCUUCCUGGUCGACGCAGCCCCGAUCCUCCCCACCGCCCUCCAAUCCAACCUUUCCCACACUCUCCGUCAGUUCUACAUCGAUACGUACCAUGACAAGUUCUUUGAGGAGCCACCAGCCCCCUGGUUCUACUUUUUCAUACUCAUGGAGUUAUUCUACCAUGUGCCAGUAAGCGUCUGGGCGCUUGGCGGCCUGAAGAGAGAUGACCCUCUUGUCCCCGUUCACCUCCUCAUUUUUGGUCUUCAGGCCUUCCUUACCUCCACAGUCUGUCUGGUUGAGGUCUGGAGUUGGGCAGAUCGCACCGUAGCCCAAAAGCAGAACAUCAGCAUGCUAUAUGGGCCCUAUGUCGCUCUUGGUGCAUUUAUGGCACUGGAUAUGUUCUUUAGACUUCGGACCAGACUGCUGGUCAAGUCUAAGAAGGAAUCACGUAAAAGAAAAAGAAAAAUGAAGCAAAGGAAUGGCAGAUCUAAACUCAGGCCUGCAUGCGCCUGCAAGUUGGAGAGGGUGUACACAGUACUCACUCAAGGUAGAGAUGCAUUCCCACUAGAUACUUGCUGUGUAAAGUGUAAAGUUGGCAGCAGGACCCGCUACACCGACCCGAUCGCUCUUAAUCCUGCAGCUGCAUGA